AUGGCUGGGCAAGGGUCUGUGGUUGGCUGCCCACAGGCACAAUGCUGCCCCUGCCACUACCAGGCUCUGGACAACCCGGAGCUGUCCUGUGCAGACAACAGGAGAAAUGAGGUGCAGAGUGGUUUGAUCUUCUACUUGAUGGACUGGUGGUCUGUGGUUGGCUGCCCACAGGCACAAUGCUGCCCCUGCCACUACCAGGCUCUGGACAACCCGGAGCUGUCCUGUGCAGACAACAGGAGAAAUGAGGUGCAGAGUGGUUUGAUCUUCUACUUGAUGGACUGGUGGUACCCGGGCGCUGCUCCCACGGCCCAGCUGGGUCUGGGCAGUGAGAUCGAGAGCACCCUCAGCAAGUUUGCCAAGGACACUAAGCUGACUGGUGUUGUCAACAUGCCAGAGGUACAGGAUGUCAUCUGGUGGGACCUGGAUAAGCUGGAGAAGUGGGCCUGUGAGUCCCUGGUGCUAUACCAGGAGGGGGAGUCCCAGGAGCAGGCUUUUUCCCAGGACUCGGGGCUGCAGGAAAACCUCUCAAACCAGGGGUCGGAGCUCUUGGGGGACUUGGCGCACUUGGCCUGCAGCCAGGUGCUGGGGGUCUCUUCCCCGGAGGUGCCUUCCCUGGGGGUGUCUUCCCGGGUGCUGCCUCUGCUGCCGCGCUCAAGGCUGCAGCCAAAGCUGGCGCUGGGAUUCCUGGAGCUUUCCCGGGUGGUGUGCUCCCCGGCACAGGUGCUGGGGGUCUCUUCCCCGGAGGUGCCUUCCCUGGGGGUGUCUUCCCGGGUGCUGCCUCUGCUGCCGCGCUCAAGGCUGCAGCCAAAGCUGGCGCUGGGAUUCCUGGAGCUUUCCCGGGUGGUGUGCUCCCCGGCACAGGAGUUGGAGCACAGGCGGCAGCAGCAAAAGCAGCAGCAAAAUAUGGAGCUGGUGCCCUCCCAGGAGCUGGUGGUGUCCCAGGGGUUGGUGGAGUGGUCCCAGGUGCUGGCAUUGUCCCAGGAACUGGAGGUGCAGGGGUUGGCGGCGUCCCAGGCCUCGUGCCUGGCGUUGGUGGUGUCCCCGGCUUGGUGCCCGGUGUUGGAGGUGUCCCUGGGGAGUCGGGGCGCCGUCAGCAGCAGCAGCAGCAAAAGCAGCCAAGUGCAGGGGUUGGCGGCGUCCCAGGCCUCGUGCCUGGCGUUGGUGGUGUCCCCGGCUUGGUGCCCGGUGUUGGAGGUGUCCCUGGGGAGUCGGGGCGCCGUCAGCAGCAGCAGCAGCAAAAGCAGCCAAGUGCAGGGGUUGGCGGCGUCCCAGGCCUCGUGCCUGGCGUUGGUGGUGUCCCCGGCUUGGUGCCCGGUGUUGGAGGUGUCCCUGGCUUGGUGCCUGGUGUUGGAGGUGUCCCUGGGGAGUCGGGGCGCCAUCAGCAGCAGCAGCAGCAAAAGCAGCCAACUGGCAUUGGUGUUCCUGGCAUUGGUGGCGUUCCUGGUGUCCCUGGAGUCCCUGGAGUCCCUGGUGUUCCUGGAGUCCCUGGUGUUCCUGGAGUCCCUGGUGUCCCCGGUGUUGCUGGCGUUCCUGGCUUGGUUCCCGGCAUUGGUGGUGGCCCAGGAGCCGCGGCAGCCGCGGCAAAGGCAGCAGCGAAAGCCGCAGCUUUUGGAGCAGGGCGCGUGCCCAGUGUCGGCGUGCCCGGCGUUGGAGUCGGUGUGCCUGGCGUCGGUGUACCUGGAGUCGGUGUGCCUGGAGUCGGUGUGCCUGGAGUCGGUGUGCCUGGAGUCGGUGUGCCUGGUUUGGUGCCUGGGGUUGGAGCCAUACCAGGAGGUCCAGCAGCCGCCGCUGCUGCCAAAGCAGCUGCCAAAGCAGCCAAGAGCAGGUGGCCUGGCUCCUGGUGUGGGUGGCCUGGCUCCUGGUGUGGGUGGCCUGGCUCCUGGUGUAGGUGGCCUGGCCCCUGGUGUAGGUGGCCUGGCCCCUGGUGUUGGAGCUGUUCCAGGGGUCGGAGGUCCGGCCGCAGCAGCCAAAGCAGCAGCCAAGGCAGCCAAAUUUGGUGCUAGGGUUCCAGGGGUGCCUGGUGCAGUGCCUGGCGUUGUGCCCGGUGUUGCUGGAGUUCCAGGAGUGCCAGGAGUGACACCUGGUGUUGGUGUUGUGCCUGGGGUGGUGCCGGGUGUGGGGAUACCUGGAGCAGGCAUCCCCCAAGUGUUCCCGGGGCUGGAGUCCCAGGGGUUGGCGGCAUCCCAGGUGCCCUUGGAGUCGGUGGUCUCGGAGUUGGUGGCCUUGGAGCUGGUGGGCUUGGUGCUGGGGCUGGAGUUCCUGGCUUUGGCAUAUCACCCAUAUUUCCAGGGAAGCCCCCCAAGACCUUCGGAGGAGCCCUCGGUGCUCUGGGCUUCAGAGGUGAGCGCUGCGGUCGGGUCGCUGGGUCGGCACCCCCUGCCCCGCUCCCAGGCCUCUCGCCAGGGCUCGGGGUGCGGCGGCUCCAACCUGUGGUUCCCCGCCCCGCAGGCGGCUGCGCGCAGGGCAAGGACCGACCUGCCAGUGUGUGCGAGCUGCGGGGAGGGCAUCUUCGACGGGCAGUACCUGCAGGCGCUGAGCGCAGACUGGCACACCGACUGCUUCAGGUGCUGUGAGUGUGGGGCCUCCCUGUCCCACCAGUAUUAUGAGAAGGAUGGGCACCUGUACUGCAAGAAGGAUUACUGGGUGCGCUUUGGGGAGCUCUGCCACGGCUGCUCUGAGCACAUCACCAAGGGCCUGGUCAUGGUGGCCGGGGAGCAGAAGUACCAUCCGGAGUGCUUCAGCUGCCUCAACUGCCGCACAUUUAUUGGGGAUGGGGACACCUAUGCGCUGGUGGAGCGCUCCAAGCUCUACUGCGGGCACUGCUAUUACCAGAUGGUGGUGACACCGGUCAUUGAGCAGAUCCUGCCAGAUUCACCAGCUGCCCGCAUCCCGCACACCGUCACACUCGUCUCCAUCCCCGCCUGCUCCGACGGCAAACGUGGCUUCUCUGUCUCCAUCGACCAGGGCUGUGGCACUGAGCACCCCUGCACUGUCCGCGUCCGAGAAGUGGAUCCAGACUGCAUCAGCCCUGACAUGAAGAACUCCAUCCACGUGGGUGACCGCAUCCUGGAGAUCAAUGGCACCCCCAUCGGCCACGUCCCCCUGGAUGAGAUUGACCUGCUGAUUCAGGAGACCAGCCGCCUGCUCCAGCUGACCAUUGAGCACGACCCCCACGAGCCGGGCCCUGCCUGCAGCCCCCUGCCUGCCCCUUGCAGCCCCCUGCACUCCCCCCCUGCCCCACCCUGUGGGGACCCCGGUGCCAUGCGCCAGCGGACCUUCACGAGGAGCUGCAGCACGGACAAGUCUCCAGGCUCUGGCUCAGUGGGCUCACCCGCGUCCCAGCGUAAGGACAUUGGGCGCUCUGAGUCGCUGCGCGUCGUCUCCCGCACCCACCGCAUCUUCCGUCCCUCCGAUCUGAUCCAUGGCGAGGUGCUGGGCAAGGGCUGCUUUGGCCAGGCCAUCAAGGUGACUCACCGGGAGACAGGUGAGGUGAUGGUCAUGAAGGAACUGAUUCGUUUUGAUGAAGAGACGCAGAGGACCUUCCUUAAAGAGGUGAAAGUGAUGCGCUGCCUGGAGCACCCCAACGUGCUGAAGUUCAUCGGGGUGCUGUACAAGGAGAAGAGGCUCAACUUCAUCACAGAGUACAUCAAGGGGGGCACCUUGAGGGGCCUCAUCAAGACCAUGGACAGCCACUACCCCUGGAACCAGCGGGUCAGCUUCGCCAAGGACAUCGCUGCUGGCAUGGCCUACCUCCAUUCCAUGAACAUCAUCCACCGUGACCUCAACUCUCACAACUGCCUCGUGCGGGAGAACAAGAGUGUGGUGGUGGCUGAUUUUGGGCUGGCGCGGCUGAUGGUGGACGAGAAGAGCCAGCCUGAACAUCUCAAGAACCUGAAGAAACCGGACCGCAAGAAACGAUACACAGUUGUGGGGAACCCAUACUGGAUGGCCCCUGAGAUGAUCAAUGGGAGGAGCUAUGAUGAGAAAGUAGACAUCUUCUCCUUUGGCAUCGUCCUGUGUGAGAUCAUUGGCCGGGUGAGCGCUGACCCUGACUACCUGCCCCGCACCACCGACUUUGGCCUCAACAUCAGGGGCUUCCUGGACCGCUACUGCCCCCCCACCUGCCCCCCCAGCUUCUUCCCCAUCGCCGUCUGCUGCUGUGACCUGGACCCUGAGAAGCGGCCAUCCUUCAGCAAGCUGGAGCAGUGGCUGGAGGCCCUUCACAUGCACCUGGAGAUCCACCUGCCCCUGAGCUCCCAGCUGGAGCAGCUGGACCGGACCUUCAGGGAGGUGCACAGGCAGGGCGAGGGAGUGCUGCCUGCACCCCCCCGAUAG